UAUAAGUGAAGCUACAAUCAGUUGCUCCAUUCUUAUUCCUAGAGUGCUCUUGAGACUAUAUAGAGUUGCAACAAAUGUGAAGAAAGUCUUGGUAGACAUCAAGGGGAAUUACAGAUAAUAAAUUAGGACACAUGUCAGCUAGAUUCAGACAAGGUGCUCUUCAUUGCUUACCUGAAGUGUGUUCAUAUCACCAUGCCAUCCAACAUUUGCUCUUCUGGAAACUAUGGUUCUCCUCUCGGGAGUUACUGCCAUGUUCCUGUUACCUCAUCCACUACUUUCUACACUGCUGGUAUGAACUGUGGUAAUAGACUCCGCUUGCCCAGCCAACACAGAACAUGGCUUCUGGACAACAUGAAGACCUGUGGUAAACUUUCCAGCUAUCGACCAUCCAGCCGUGUGCCCACAACCUAUGAAAUUUCUUGCUACCCUUCCACUAUGUACUGUGCCUCCAGGCCCUGCAGAGGAACCAGUUUUUUUCCCAUCAGUUCUUAUCUCUCCAGUUUCUGUCAACCUUCAAUGCAUCAUAGACCUCAGAACUGUCUGUCCAGUCGUUCUCGCCCACAGAUCCACCUCUCUUAUGGCUGUCAGCCACAGAACUUCAUCUCCUGUGGGUAUCGACCACUGAAUUUUGUGUCCAGUGCCUGCCAUCCUUUGAGAUAUCUAUCCUGUCACAGUCAACCUCUUGGUUAUGCCUUAAGCAGCUUCAGACCCCUGGACUAUGUGUCUAACAGGUUUCAACCUGUUCGCUACAUUUACAACAGUUUCCAACCAGUGUGCUCCUCCUUUGGGACUUGGCAAUCUCCAUUUAUUAGAAGAUCUUGCUGAACUGUCAUUCUUGCAUCUUGCUAGUAAAGAAGUAUUUUCUUUAGAUUGAUGGAUUGUUUUUAGGCUGAUGGGUCAUCGUGCUUUUAGUUAAGUUACUAUUUUAAAAUGUACUCUUAUUUGAUCAGAUUCUAAGUGAUUUUAAUAGUUUGCUUAUUCACUAGAAUAUUCUUGAUAUCUGGUUUCUUGAUUUCUAUGCCAUUACUGUGUUCUUCUGAAAAAAAAAUUGUGGUUAUCUCUAAAUAAA